AGGAGGAGCCUGAAACGCGGGUGGCUUGACUGGGUUUUGCGAGUCUCGGCUCUCUUGGCCGCAGUGGACGAUAUAGACUACUCAAAUCGGUUAAUAAGGUUCGAGUUGUCAUAGUAAUAGCAGGCAGGUUAAACAAAUAUACAGAUUAUGAUAUAAUAGAUAUUAAUCGAAUGCAUCUAUUUAAUUUAUUUCCAAUGCAGAGUGUGGGUCGUGGCUCCACCUAAAAUAAGACUCUGCCUCCUUAUGCAGAUUGGCCAGACCCGCCCUCUCCUAGAACCGGGUAGUUCAGCGCUCCGGCGAUUCUCAGUAGAUUACUCUCCGUCUUGUAGGUCCUCGUUAAAGACUUGUCCUCCCGGGAUGUUCGACCUAACAAAGGAAUGGAAUCUGUCGUUCGCCGGCUGCGGGUUCCUGGGGAUCUAUCACAUCGGAGUGGCCAGCUGCCUGUUGGAACAAGCGCCCUACCUUAUCAAAGGUGCCACCAAGAUCUACGGUGCUUCAGCUGGUUCCCUCUCCGCCUCGAUGCUCGCCAGCCAGGCAUCCAUAGCUAAGUGCUGUGAGGAUGUGAUCGAGACAGUAAAGGAGGCCCGGAAGCGUAACCUGGGUCCCCUCCACCCCUCCUUCAACCCGGUUAAGAUCAUCAGGUCGGGCCUGGAGCGUGACCUGCCCGCCGACGCGCACACACUCGCCUCCGGGAGGCUGUGUGUGUCACUCACUCGCGUAUCUGAUGGACAAAACGUCAUCGUGUCCGAGUUCAAGUCCAAGGAGGAGCUCAUCCAGGCACUGCUGUGUAGCUGUUUCAUCCCCAUAUACUGUGGCCUGAUCCCUCCAUCCUUCCAAGGAGUGCGUUACGUGGAUGGGGGAAUAAGUGACAACCUUCCUCAGUCGGAGCUGAAGAACACCAUCAGCAUCUCUCCGUUUUCGGGUGAAAGUGACAUCUGUCCACGGGACACCUCUUUCAACUUCCACGAGCUUCGUCUCACCAACACCUCCAUCCGGUUGAACCUGAGCAACAUGUACCGCCUCAGCAAGGCCCUGUUCCCCCCAGAACCCAAGGUCAUGGCAGAGAUAUGUCAGAGUGGCUACAAGGACGCCCUUCGCUUUCUUGAGGAGAACCACCUGCUGAAGCUGGAGUGUCCGACUGCCGGCCCCAACCCCAACCUAUCAGAAGCCGCCUGCUGCAAGCCCAUCGCCAUGGAAACAACAAAGAACUGGAUGUUCUGGCGGCUCCGCCUCCUGAGGAAGCAACACUGGUGGUUGGAUGAGCAGAUUGUUGACAACCUGCCAACCCAAAUCAAAAAAGUGUUUUGUGAGGCGUGCCAGCAGAAGCCUGGUCUGUAUGCUCAGGUGUCUGAGAUGCUGCCGGUCAGAGUGGCCUCCUACAUGCUCCUGCCCUGCACACUACCUGUGGUAUCGGCCUACUCAGUGGGCAAGAGGUUUGUGGAGUGGAUCCCAGAGGUGCCUGCAGAUAUGCGUUGGCUAGCUGGGGUGGCUGGGGAUGUGGCUGGGAGCGUGUACAGACAGACCCGGAGAGGAGCACCAGCAGACAUAACCAGUGAUGGUUCCCUGAGGAAUUGCAUGAGCCUGCCCCUACCCCUGGACAGUGACGGACCCAGGGAGAGAGACUGUCACCUCUCCGUGUUCGCUCGUUCUGUUCUCAACUUCCAAAGCCAAUACUGGAACAUCCCUGUCCCCCCCCCUUCCCACUGCUCCACCAGCCCCCACACGCCCAGCCCCUCCCCACGACAGAUCUGCUUCAGUGUUCAUUUUGGCACUCUUUUUUAGAUUCAUUCUAGUCUGGCAUUUUGACUAAAAUAUCAUUAAAUCUUAGUCACAUUUUUGUGAUUUGAAUAAUGAUUUAAUCAUUGUUAAAAUGAUAAAAACAGAGCCAUUUUAGUCAACUGAAUGCACUUUAAUUUGAGUCAUAUUUUAGCCUCAUUAGCCACAAACCACAUAUCCAUCCAGAGUUUUUAUGGGAGUAAAGUCAAACCAAAGAUUUUUAUAACUAACCCAAGAUGGACCAUAACUACUGAGAUGGUAGGUUAUUCAAGAAAUAAGUUGUUCUAUCUAACGUUCAAGCAGGAAAGCAUGAUUCCAGAUACACUAUUUUGAUGUGCAACCUAAUCCAGUGAUUGUCAUGAAUUGCGAAUUGAUAUAUUUAUGAAUUGUGAGUUGUUAUAUUUUAUUGUUAAAAUAGGGCUCCAGAAUUUGAUAUUUUUUGUUCAAUAGAGAUGAAUUUGCCUAUAUCGUUAUGUGCACUAAUAUCAUAGACAAAUUUAUUUUGGGGCUUAUACACCACAUGAUAAAGUAAAAACUCAAAACACAUUAGCUAGAUCACUAAUACUAAAUAUAAUACCCACUACUAGUAGCCAUGUAUUAAUCUAAAAGUAAAUGUAAUGUCCUUUUUGUUGCAGUUGUAGCCCUGCUACCCUCGCAAUAGCGCAUUUCACAGGCUUCGUAUCUUAAAGCCAUAUCUAAUAUUUUGAUUGUAAAAUAGUUGCUAUUUUUUUUAUUUAACUAGGCAGGUCCACUAAGAACAAAUUCUUAUUUACAAUGCCGGCCUACACCGGCCAAACCCAGAUGACCAAUUGUGCGCCACCCUACGGGAUUCCCAAUCACUGCUAGUCAUGAUACAGCCUGGAUUUGAACCAGGGUGUCUGUAGUGAUGCCUCAACCACAGAGAUGUAGUACCUUAGACUGCUGUGCCACUCAGGAGCUCAAUUGAGCUGAAUAUUAUGGAAAUGACAAAUAUAAAGUAUACCCACAGAAAGCUGAGCACAGUAGUUGCUUCUAAAGCUAUUUAUUUCCUGCAAUUGGAUUUUGAAAUGUUAUAUUGAAAUGCUAUACAAUCAAGAAGCCUUUUUUCUCUCUCCUGGAGUGCACACAGUGGCUCCAGCGAAACAAGCCAAGGGACUGGGCAGACACUUUCAUUGCAGGAAUCAUGAGGAUAAUGCACUUUACUGUUUGACCAAAUCAUGGUCUUAGCCACCCAAAAAAAUAGGACUUUUUUUUUUAAUUAUUUUUUUAAACUUUUGAGUGAGGUGAACAUGUCAUGAAUGUUCAGCUCGCACGGCACCCAAUACAAACGCCAUUAAAUGGUUUCAGUCUAGAGCCUUGCCCCUUGACAUACUGUAGCUAUAUUGUAAUCAAAGUUGUGUCAUAAGUAGUGGUCUGAUACUGUAGGUUGCAGCAAACCACAAAGCUAGCACUAUCAAUCAGUUAUUAACCUAUUUGAGCGAUUAAAGAGACGGGUGGGAGGAGCUAUAGGAGGACGGGCAUUUUUGUAAUGUCUGAAAUGGAAUAAAUGGAACAUAUCAAACAUAUGGAAACCACAUGUACCAGCUAAAGUUCCCUCCCACGGGGCCUGUCUAUAGUGUAUAGGAACUGAAAGGUGGAUUCGGAUAGGCAAAACAUGGUCAUGUGAUCGAAUAGCUUUGGGAUCUAGAACUGUUAGACACACUAUUGACUCAAUCAUGUAUUUUGAUCACUCCACCAAUCAUAUUUUAUUCUACAGUACACAUUGUAAAACAUUUAACCAGCUCACACCCUCUGCCAGUGAAUUAUUGUUUGGAAAUGCACAUUUUAUAAAUCACUUUGUCUAGUUUUACCAGAUAACGUGUUAUCACUACCUACUUACCUACAGUACCUACAUGCCUACAGUACCUAACUACCUGUGUUCAGUCAAAUGUAGCAUUCAUGCCUCCUUCCUAAUGGACUGUUGACCUGAGUUGACGUUGACUUCCUUGACUAAGAGCUGUGUGUUUUCCUGAAUACUAUUAGACAGGACCCUUGAACUGAACUAUGAACUACUGUGAUGAGCUGUGAUGUCAAGAAAUUUGAAUCACAAUAUCUCUCAAUGUUGACCAUUGCUUUUGAACAAUAACUUUAGGUGCAUAGGAUUCACAAUUUUAAUGGCAUAAUCAAAUGUCAAAUUUAAGUUACCACACUGCCCCAUUUAUAGUAGGGUACAUACUGUACUUGUAUUUAUAAUGUGUGUAACACUGUGAAAACCUCUAUCUACUUGUCCCUAAGAUGGCAGGUGGUUAAGAUGUCCCUAAGAUGACCUAGUGGUUAGCGGUAUAUUUCUUAAAUAUACUUUACUGUUGUUAUUUCACAUUAAGGACCUUAUCUUAAUAACAAACGCAACAACGGUUUUUAUGAUGGGACCUUCUGUGUUUAAAUAUACUGUAAGUAUUAAAAUCCUAUUGUGAAAAAAAUAUUACAUUUCCCUUGACCGGGUGAUGCUGAAUGUAAAAAAUGUCUUAACUUA